CAGAGAUGGCGGCUUUGCUGUCCGAGCGGCUCUUCUUGCUGGACCUGAUCGUAGACUGGGUGCGUCUUGAAGCCGGGCUGCCGCCGCCGCCCGUGGUCGCGGCGGCGGCGGCGGCGGCGCAGGAGGAGGAGUCGCCGCCGCGCGGCCUGUGCCCCGCCGUGGCCUUCCGCCUGCUGGACUUCCCCACGCUGCUGGUUUACCCUCCCGGCGGCCCCGCUGCCCCCGCCCCGGAACUUCGGCCCGGCCUGGUCAACUUCGGUCGCGGCAAGUCCUGUCUCUUCCGCCUGCAGCCCGCCAGCCUGCACCGCCUGCUCCUUCGGAGCCCGCUUUACACCUUGCUGCUGCAGCUGCCCCCCGGGCGCCCGACUCCUGCCCCGCAGCUCCUGGGGGCCUGCAGCAUCUCUUUGGCCGCCGCGGCCCACAGGGUCCUGGGGCCCGCCGCCUUCGGCUGCUCCCAGGGUCAUCGGGGAAGUUUCCCUCUGCAAAACCAAGAGGGGGAGCGGAUUGGGCACAUUACCCUGGGCUACCGCCUGACUGACCUGGGAAGCAGCUUGCUGGGCCAUCUGGAGAGGCCAGUGGCUUCCACAGGAGGUGGAGUGGAGGGUGUGGAGGUCAGUCCCCCAACCUUGCAGGAAAGGCAGCAGCUGCGGCAGCCAGACUCAGAGCCAAGCCCAAGAGAUGCUGAUAAGCCUCUGGUGGAUGUAAAAGUCUCAACGGCAGGGAAGGAUUUGAAGGAGGGAGUCUUCCACAGCAGGGCCAACUCUGAUUACACGGCUUCCGUGGAGAAUGGCAAAACCAACUCCGUUAUUUGUUCAAAGGGUAGCAGUGAGAGGAAUGUUAGCCCCCCACAUCGGGAAGUCACAGAGUUAGACAUUGAAACCAACAUAAUUUGCCCUCCUCCUAUGUAUUACAUUCAUGUGACCCAAGAAAAGACACCUCCUAAACAGGGUGAAAUCACUAUUGAGCCUCAAAUGAAUGCACCUGAGGAAUCGGAUGGUACUUUUCUGGAAGAAAAACUUGUAAAUCCCCCAACACAGACUAAUCCUCCAGAACAUACAAAUUUUGCAACACAUGAGAGGCCUCCAGUGCUUACACACCCUGCACAUAUUCAGGAUGUAGGAGCAAGUAACCAAACUACCUACCAUCCUCAAACUGAACAAAAUAGGAUCAAUACCGUAAGGCAGCUGCCUUUGUUAAGUGCUUUGUUGGUUGAGUUGUCCUUGUUAUACAACCAACCCAUGGCAAGCCCUACUCAUAUACAUCCUCAUUUAGCCUGGUUAUAUAGAACUGAGGACGAGAAGUCACCAGAACCUUCUGCCAACUCCACAUGUAAAUCUGAAUCUAAGGAUAAGCUUUCUCUGGGGGAAAAGGAAAAGUCAGUGAGUCUUCAGUAUAAAAAGAACCAAACUGAAAAUCUUAAGAAAGGUAAAUAUUUUGAAAAGAAAGGUGGUGUCCCCCCCAAAAGAGUUCCGAGGGGGAAGCUACUUUAUGGCUUAACAAACACACUUAAGCUACGUUUAAAGCAAACCAAUCCUGAUAUGUUGGUAGUACACGAAAAGAGAGAAGAGUACAGAAAAUCGCAAGCACAAAUGUUAGGUGCAAAACUCAGAAUUCCAUCAUCCAAAGUUAAGUUACUAAGUUUUGCAGAACAACAUCAGAAGCCACAUCAGCUACCUAAAGAUGAGUUUUUAGACUCAGAUGCAUCUUUUGCUGAAAAUAGCAAUACCUAGUUAGUGUGGUUUUUUGAUGACCCCAGCACAACUAAAGAAACUAAACUGAAAUGUGCAACUGAAAAGACACUUGAUGAUUUACUGGAAGAAAUGGUGAGUCCUGCAAAUUCCAUUGUCUCAGAAAGGUUUAUUCAUACAAAUAUUUUGGGUGGAAGAGUGGCAGUGAAAGUCCAAAGUCCAGGUGAUUUCCAACGGGUCACAGUAGUUGACAGAAUUGUAGUAGAUAAAGAAAUAGACGAUAAACAUGUCAAAAUCACUUCUAACGACAUUCUUACUGCUGAUAUGAAUGAAAAUAAUCCAAGUACAAGUAGUUGCUCUGAAAGCAUCUCAGAACUAAAGUAUUCAGGUGACUUCACCAGUCCUUGCUGUUCUGAAGACACCAGCAGAAGUUUACAAGCUCGUGAUAGCAGUCGGACAGAAAAUCCAAAACAUAGUCAACAGACAAGUAAGUCCGGUGAAACAAGGUUGUCCAUAAGGAAAAAUAGCAGUGAAAAGAGUUCUAUUCUUAGCCCACCUUUUUCAGCUGGAUCCCCAGUACUCUCAUAUAAAAGAUUUCAUAUUUCAAAGGCUCAAGAUAAAAGUUUGGAGGAAGCGUCUAAUAUCUCUACCAGUGAUUUCUCUUCAUCACACUGGACUGAGGAAAAAGAAAACCAGAGAGACCAAAAUAGUAUGCAUAAUUCUAAAGUUCUAAAGAGGAAUCAAGACAUCCCUACUAAACUUAAAACAAGAACAGGUUGCAAGUCCUCAGAAAAAAGCCAGUCACCUCGGACAUCUCAAGUGAGUUCUCAUCUGCCUUCUAAUUUGUCAGAACUAGAACUUAAUGUCCUGGAUAGCAGUACAUUAGAUCCCUUUGAAGAAGUCAGUGAUGACCUUGGUUCACUAAACAUUUCCAAGCAAUGCAGAGUUAUUUGCAAAUUAGUAAUAAAUAAACUUCCAGGAUAUAAGGUGUAAAAAUAUGUGCUUUUACAUAACAUUUAAUUUAUUUUAUAACCUGUGUGUAAGUGAAACAAUUUUUAAUAGCUGUACAUUAUUUUAAGUACAUAAAUUUAUGUAUAUAAUUUUUCAGAAUAUAAGUGU